CUCUUCCUUUAGAAAGAAAGUAGUGUAGAGAGAGAGAGAGAGGACAAGGGGAAGGCGAAAAGGGAAGAAGAUUUUUAAAAGCUUAUUAGCUUCCCUUUUGCGUCAUUGCUAUCCGUGCCCGGAUCCGAAAUCUUCGGGUUUCAAAACUAUCUUCUUUUCAUCCUCCUCUCGGAGAUUAACGACGGGAAGAUUCUUCCCCUUUUCUCCUCAGAUUAAAAAAAAAAACAACAAAAGGAGAUAGCCCUUUAUCAUGUUUCCUUUUUCCAGAGCUACGACGGAUCGAUCAUGAUCUUCACCAGAUUCAGCACUUUCAUGAUCUAAAAGAAAGUUAUAUAAAUAAUGGGUGGGUGUGUGUCAACCCAUUCAAGAGGGAUUAGGCGGCCUCGGCGUAAAGGCCGUCGCAGGUCUUCCAAACAUUUUUCUAAAGUAUCUGACAUUGUUCCUCAUGCAAAUACUAGAAGGUCUAGUGACGUUGUGAGCCGAGUUUCUUUCGCUACCUCGCAGGAUGAUGCAUGGUUUGACUCUGUCAGUGUUCUAGAUUCUGAUGAGGAUGAGGACUUCGUCAGCCUACCUGAAGAUAACGUAUCAUCACCGGGUGGUGCGGCCGGCAAUAUCCCAAAUGGUCAAGUAGUUCAAUUUGAAUCUUCUUCCUGUAUUGUGGAUGGGAAAGGAAAGUACGAAGAAUACCAUGAGAGUUACCUGAAGAUAGACAAGAGUAAAACCCUGGGCAAAGGUGUUCACAAGGAUCCUAGUGGUCUCUCUGUUCUCACCGGAAACAGCAAGAAGAACCUAAUGAACCAUGCGAGCUUCAAAGGCUUGAAGGAACAGAAACGGAACUCUCAGGAGAAAACCUUGAAAUCCAGCCUGAGCAGAUUGAUGCCAACGGUUAGUUUCAACGACAAGACUCUAAACUCACCCACAUCUCAGAAGCGAAAAUCUGCUGUUUAUCGGCUUUCUUUCAAGAGGAAAUCAUGCGACGGUGAGGAAGUUACAGAGCAGCGUAAGCUGUUGUACCGUCCGAAGGCGGGUUUCACCAUCCCUUGCUCUUCCAGAGAGAAGCAGUCCAGUGGAAGCUGGUGUGAGAUACCACCUUCAACUUUUAAACUCCGUGGAGAAACCUAUUUCAAAGACAAAAAGAAAUCUCCAGCUCCGAAUCAGUGUGCAUACACUCCUAUUGGCGUUGACUUGUUUGUCUGUCCAAAGAAGAUUGAUCAUAUCGCCCAACACAUCGAGCUUCCAAACAUUAAAGCUGAGGCAAAGCUCCCUGCGCUUCUCGUUGUCAACAUUCAGUUACCAACCUAUCCUGCUGCAAUGUUCCUUGGAGAUAGUGAUGGAGAAGGCAUGAGCAUUGUACUUUACUUCAAAUUACAAGAAAAUUUCGAAAAAGAAACCUCUCAGCAGUAUCAGGACAGCAUCAAGAAACUUGUGGAUGAUGAGGUGGAGAAGGUGAAAGGGUUUGCGAAAGACAGCACUGUUGCUUUUCGUGAGAGGCUUAAGAUCGUGGCUGGACUUGUUAACCCCGAAGAUCUAACUCUAGGCUCGACUGAGAAGAAGCUUGUACAGGCUUACAAUGAAAAGCCCGUUCUCUCUCGUCCUCAACACAACUUCUUUAAGGGUCCAAACUACUUUGAGAUUGAUUUGGAUGUCCAUCGAUUCAGCUACAUAUCACGCAAAGGACUUGAAGCAUUCAGAGAUCGGCUGAAGAAUGGAAUUCUUGAUCUCGGUUUAGCCAUCCAGGCUCAAAAACCAGAAGAGCUGCCGGAACAAGUAUUGUGUUGUCUGAGGCUGAGCCAGAUUGACUUCGUUGACCGUGGUCAAAUCCCAAUGCUACUAAUCCCUGAGGAAGGAGAAACUCUGGUGUAAGCUUUAUGAUCAUCUUGUAUACCCUCAACUCCUUUGGAUGAAGAAAACCAAAUAAUAAAAGUGUGUUUAAUUCAUCAAAAAUACUGUAUAUUUCCAAAUUUAUGUGGACAUCUCUAUUUCUAUUUUAUUUAUUUAUGCUAUUAUAACUUAUAUGUAAAAACGUUCAUAAUCCAAAACUCUUGGAAGUCAGCUUCUCGAGUUUGGCCUUUCUGUUGUAACUUUGUACUCUGUUACCUCAAAUGAUAUUAUUAUGAUAUUAUCUCU